CUAGAAUAUAGGUCGACGCAAAGUCGCGUCUGACCUCCGACGUUCACCAUGCGGCUACUAGGCGUCAUCUGUUCCAUUGUAGCCCUGCUGCAGCAGGCAAACUCUCAGUGCCUACCGACAGCGUACUGCUUGCCGGCUCCGGCGCCUGCCCCAGUCAUCAUCCCAGCUGCCCCAGCCGCACCGCUCGUUCUCCCAGCCGCUCCAGCACCUACCGCUGCACUAACCGCAAUCACUCCACUGCUAGCGUCCACUAUCUCCGCGUCUCUAGCCACGGCAUUACCGCCUCUGCUAGAAGCGGCUUUACCUGCAGUAUUGUCUUCGACGCUAGCUGCUGCCGCCCCCCUGUUGGCUGCUGCCUUACCCCCUUGCGCCCCUUCACCCGUGGCCUACGCCCCUACCCCGGUUACCUGCGCCGCGCUCCCCGCCUGCCCCCUAUCGCCACCGGAUACUGAAGAAUAA